GAAAAAAAGACUAUGCGUAGCCUACAGAGCAGAUGUGCUUUUAUGAGAAAACAUGGUUGAACAUUUAUUUAGCUACAUACUGUAAACUGCUUGGUACGAGUGACCAAAACAGAAAGCGGUGUUCUACCACACCCCAAAGCGGAAAAAUGCAGAACGCAUUAGCUCGCGUUUGUUGUUAAUAAUAUAGAUUUUUCAUUAGCCUGCGUUGAGAUCACGCAAUAACAGUGAUCUGUUAACGAACGGAACAUAAGCAAGUGAAUCGAUAUCUUCGUUGCGCACAGUAGGCCCUAAGACCCUAAGUGUACCUAUGAUCUCUUUAUUUUAAUAUAAAACAUUGACUUCUUUAGACUAUAAUUAAAACAAACCAGCCAAUGUCAUCCGUGGUGGCCACCUUCCUCGAACUAUAAACGCGAUUAUUUUGUCGUCAAGACCCUUUACAGACCGAAAAAAUCCUACCAGCCUGUGUAGUACUUCAUCAAGCCAUGCCGUGAACGUCAUUAUCCUAUGACUAGAGAAGCUAUGCAGUCCUGAAGCGGAAACCCCUCCCGAAUCCCGACUCCGGUACUGUUCAUCGAGCUAGAGAAAAGAGAGAUACCAGCCGAAUACAAACAAGGCAUCAGGAAACAAGGAGGAAAAAAACAGCGUACAACAGACUAAAACGAGAAAUGCAGACUUGAAGGGGCCCCCUGCCGACCCUGAGAAACCGCGUGCCUUUGUAGACGAUGGGGUUCGGACGCGAGCUGCGCAGCUCCCACGACGGCCUGCUGAAGCUGCAGGACUGGGAGCUGAAGCUGCUGGAGACGGUCAAGCGCUUCAUGACCCUGAGGGUGAAGAGCGACAAGGAGUACGCCUCCCUCCUGCUCAACAUCAGCCAGCAGGUGGACAAGCACGACAACUCCUCACAGGUGGACUACAACAGCAAGGUCUCCAAGUCCUGGGCUCAUAUGGUCCAGCAGACAGAGCAGCUGAGUAAGAUCAUGAAGUCCCACGCGGAGGACCUGAACUCCGGCCCCCUGCACAGGCUCACCAUGAUGAUCAAGGACAAGCAGCAGGUGAAGAAGAGCUACCAGAGCAUCCACCAGCAGAUCGAGUGUGAGAUGAACAAGAUUACUAAGAAUGAUCUGGAAAAGUUAAAAGGCACUUACAGACAAUUGACAAAAGAUGCCCACUGUGCCAAAGAAAAAUACAAAGAAGCCAUUGUAAAAGAGGAACAGCUUAAAACUUCAGGCAAGGAGCCGGAGAAGGCACGCGAGCGCUACGACAAGGCCACCAUGAAGCUCCACAACCUGCACAACCAGUACGUGCUGGCGGUGCGGGGCGCCCAGCUGCACCAGGAGCAGUACCACGACACCACCCUGCCCCUGCUGCUCGACUCCCUGCAGAAGAUGCAGGAGGAGAUGGUCAACGCACUGAAGGGGAUUUUGGAAGAGUACAGUGAAAUCACCAGCCUUUUAUCUGAUGAAAUAGUCAAAGUUCACAAGGAGAUACACACCUCCAUAGAGCAAAUUGACCCAGCUUCAGAGUAUGAGCAUUUCAUUGAAGUAUACAGGUCUCCAGAAACCAAAGAACCAAGUGUAGAGUUUGACGUUUCACUACUGGAGGAAACUGAGAAUCUUCAAGCAAAUGAGAUUCUGUGGAAUAAUUUGACAGCAGACACUUUACAAGCAUUGUUGAAAUCCACAUUGGACGAGCUUGCCCUCACCCAGCAGAGUCUGCACAGCAAAGAGGAUCUGGUGCAAGACUUGGAGAACAAGAUCGAGGAGGCCUCCAAAUCAUGGGAGAAGAAGUCAGAUGCGGUGCUGCUGCUGAGUCAGAAGCAGUCCCUGGAGGAGCUGAGACAGACGGUGCAGCUGCUGCGCUGUACGGAGGCCAAGCUGACUGCGCAGAAGGACCUGCUGGACCAGAAGAUGCAGGAGAACGAGGGCAAGGAGCCACCCCCUGUGGUGAACUACGAGGAGGACGCCCGCUCCGUCAACUCUAUGGACAAAGGAAAAGACAGGAUAUCAAAAUUUGACACCAUACGUCAUUCAAUUGCCGGCAUCAUUCGCUCUCCAAAGUCAGUGCUGGGCUCCUCCUCGUUUUUUGAUGUGAUACCCACCAGUGAAAAGCCUCUUGGGGAACAGGAAUGGUACCACGGUGCCAUUCCCAGAAUAGAGGCCCAGGAGCUCCUGAAACAGCAGGGGGACUUCCUGGUCCGAGAGAGCCACGGCAAGCCCGGAGAAUACGUUCUGUCGGUCUUCUCUGACGGACAGCGACGGCACUUUAUCAUCCAGUUCGCCGAUAAUCAAUAUCGAUUUGAAGGCACCGGAUUCCCAACCAUUCCUCAGCUUAUUGAACACCAUUACACUACAAAGCAAGUCAUCACAAAGAAGUCCGGGGUUGUGCUGCUAAACCCAGUCGUCAAGGAUAAGAAAUGGAUUCUCAAUCAUGAGGAUGUUAUACUUGGAGAUCCGCUGGGCAAAGGUAACUUUGGAGAGGUUGUCAAAGGAACUCUUAGAGACUCCAAAACUCCAGUGGCUGUGAAAACCUGCAAGGAAGACCUUCCGCAGGAGCUGAAGAUCAAGUUCCUGUCAGAGGCCAGGAUCCUUAAACAAUAUGAUCACCCAAAUAUUGUGAAGUUGAUAGGUGUCUGCACACAAAGACAGCCUAUAUACAUUGUGAUGGAGCUCGUGCCAGGAGGGGACUUCCUGUCAUUUCUAAGGAAGAAGAAAGAAGACCUGAAAACGAAGCAGCUGGUUAAAUUUGCAUUAGAUGCUGCGGCAGGCAUGGCGUACCUGGAGCUUAAGAACUGCAUCCACAGGGAUCUUGCUGCAAGGAACUGCCUGGUGGGAGAAAAUAACUUGUUGAAGAUCAGCGAUUUCGGGAUGUCGAGACAGGAGGAUGAUGGGAUAUACUCCUCGUCUGGCUUGAAACAGAUUCCCAUCAAGUGGACAGCACCGGAGGCUUUGAAUUAUGGGAGAUACAGCUCGGAGAGCGACGUGUGGAGCUACGGAAUUCUCCUGUGGGAGACGUUCAGUUUAGGAGUCUGCCCUUACCCGGGGAUGACCAACCAGCAGGCACGGGAACAGGUGGAGAAAGGGUACAGGAUGACCUGUCCGCAGAAGUGCCCGGAAGAGGUCUACAAGAUCAUGCAGCGGUGCUGGGAGUACAAACCGGAGAACCGCCCCAAGUUCGCCGACAUACAGAAAGAACUGGCCUCGAUUAAGAAGAAAUAGCGUCGGUGGGGUGGGGCGGAGAACAGUGCACCGCGUUCAGGUGAACCCCCACACACCCAGAGACGUACCGGCACCAGCACUCGUUGCGGCGCCAACACUUUUUUCUAUCGCGAUUGUACAGUCCUCUACAGUUUGACACACGUUAACUGCGUUUGAUGGUCUAUGCAACCGCUGCUUUGAGCCAUUGACAAAAAAAAAAAAAAAAAAGGAUUCCUGUCUCAGGCAAGGUCAAAAAUCCCAGCAUUCCUCGGCAGAGCAUUACUGUCCAGAACCUAGACAUACUUUUACUGAAUGAUAGUAAACCUUGGAAUAAGGCAGAGGCUAUGAUACGUAUGUUUGUUUUUUCUUGUUUUGUUAAGUUAUUGUUUAUGACACGGGGUGAAAUGUUAAAGAAAACCAGCAGCGCCACUCAAGUCAAUGCCAGGAUUUCAGCUGAAGUGCUGCGGUUAGUCACAUUCUCACACUGUGAGCUGCUGUCUCACAGGAGGAUACCUUCUUAAGAGAUACACCCCCACAUACCCCUCUGUGGCACCUAUCACUGUUCAGUGAGGAGUAAGCUUGUGUUUUUUCCUGUCCUAUGGAGUGCUCAGUGCAUGAGUCUGAUUUGCUUUGACCAAAGCCCAGAUGAUAAGAAAAAAGAAAAAUGAUUGUAAGAUCCAUUGUGGGUUAUUAUAUUGAUAUUAGAUAUGCCAUAAUUUGAUACUGGGCUCUAAGCGAACGGUUUGAUUAAAAUCUGGACUAUUUUAUUUCAGACUUACCUCGCACCUCUCUAAGUGCUGAAACAGCUCACAGUGCAUUUUGGGUUUUUAGUUUGUUUACUGUUUUUCAUCUGCAUUCAGUCAAGAAUGUAGCCACAGAUGAAGCAAUUCUUCAGUGAUUGUGAGAACUUAAUUUGAAUGGCAUUCGCCCCGGUACUACAUGGACACCGGUAUACUCUGAAGAAUGUAUGCUAAACAAGUGCCAUAAGUAAUUUGUUUUUGUACUGAUCCAGGAUGAGGCUGUGAAAUGGAAGAAUGGUUCAGGUGCAUCUUUUACAGUAGGGACAUCACAGUCGGAGUACUGUGAACAAUUAGAAAAAGAAAAAAAAAAUGUCUGCUUCUUCAGAAAAUAAACAUUUUGCAUGCAUUCUGUUAGAAGAUCUCAUUGUGCUGCUAAUGUUCCUAAUGUAAUUUUUAUGCUCUCAAAAGUGCAUUGGAAUGUUUAGAAUUGAUUCCCACGAGUUCAGGUUGACGCUAUCCCAUUACCAAGUGAGGGGCUCGGCGUGAAAUUCACGAGAGUAGCGAAAAAGGCAUUUUUGAUGUGCAGUUCUCAAUUACCGAAUACAAUGAAAUGACCUGGAAGUCAGUUCUAUUCCAUGUUGAGCCAUAUUGAGAUUGGAUGUGGUGAGCAUAGCACGUGGGCCAGCUUUGACUGCCUAUGUCUCCUGGCUGGUAAAUGACUCUUAGUCCUUUCCUCCAUUUCCAAAUCUUCUAGAAUCAGAAGUUGUGAGACCAAUUAAAUAUUAAUUUUGUAGUAUUUAUAUUGUAUAACCCCCCCGCAAAGGCAGCUUUCUGAAAGAUUGUAUUGAAAGCUGCAAUCAUGUUAUUCUCUCUCUAGUAUAUUUUCUUUGUGUUUCACUGCAGAAGAAUAUUAGAACGUUCGUUUUACCGGGGGCUGUGGAUAUCUUUAAACACUAUGUUAAAAAACAGCCAAGUUGUUUUCAGUGUUUGACGUCACUGUGCCGGAGUAUUCUGUUUUAAGGCCAUAUUAUUAAUUUAGAUUAUAAAACCUUAAUGUAACAAACUGCACAGCCAAAAAAGGCAUAAAAUCCAUGGCUCUUUAUCUGGCUGUUCACCAUCUUUAAAUCCUACCUUAUGACCCAAUCAAACAAAAGUUCUUAAAGAGAGAAUGGUUAAAUAUAUCAGUGCCUAGUUGUGAAAAAUGUUACCUUCAAGCACAUUGAUUAGUUUCUGCCAAGGCUCCCGAAACACUUCACACAGUGUUUCGUUUAUUUACUGGAGAUUUGUCUGAGGUGUACUGCAUGUAUUCACUGUAUGUUUUCAUUUGACUUUGACGCGGGGUGAAUUGGAGAGCUUGUUUUUGGUCUAGAACAGCCCCAGGUUGACAGAGUGACAAAUCCACUUUGUCAAAAUGUAAUAUCUGUGGAAGUCCUUCUUGCCUUUUUGCUUGUGACAAAACAAAAAGCCUUUUGUUUAUUUUCUUCAGAGUGUGCUCAGCAUACAGCAGUUUGCCAUUCGAUAGAAGCAUUGGCCAUUUCCUUGACUCCUCUAUCGGUCUCAUACAUUACUGUGCCAUUAAGCUAUUCCUGAAGAACUGAUUCAUUACCAUUUCAAAGCAAGAAAUUAAAUUACCAGAGGGUCGUUGAGCCCAUUAAACACUAGAUUAUGGCGGUUAUAAUUACAAUUGUUAAGUCUUGCCUAUAGGACAUUCUCCCAUCAGCAUCAUAAUAUCCAUCUCAAAUGCACCCUGGUACUGCUGUUUCUCUCUUGUAGGGACCCCUUUCUCUCUAAGAUUAAAGAUUAGGCAUCAUUGAAAUAAGCAUCAUUGUUCUGUAUGGUAUUAAUGACUUUAACCUUUGUUACAAAAAAAUGUGAGUAUGUGAAGUUGGCAAUUUUGUCUCUUAUUUGGCUUUUUUUCCUUGACUGGGCUAUGUGGAGAUGUGACCAUGUUCUAGAGUUGCAGUGGAUAACCUAUUUUAAGAAUGGAGCAGUAGCUAAUUGUUCACCAUUAAUAAUAGAUGUAGUUUUUUUACACUUCAGUGCAGUUCAAAAUGUAGUAUUCAGUUUUGGUGGAUUAAUCAUAAUGUCAUAUUGCCUUUUGAAAUGCAGAUAUUCAAAAACUGCAUUUCUUUUAUGCCUUGAAGUUAACUUGCAAGUGAAAAUGACAAGCUAAUAACAAUCAUCAAAAUUCCUUUUAGAUCAUACAGUACUGCUAGUGGUUCAUUCAUGCUGAACAAGUAACCACCAUAUCAAAGAACAAUUAAAUAGAGCCUCCAAGAGUGUUUUUCUUGAGCUGUUUGUAGUCAGUUCCAUUGAUCUCAUGGACAUUACUAAUCCAGUUUGAAACAAACAACCUAUCCUUAUUAUUUAUGGCCUAGAUAUCUUUUCUGCUAAUUUCUGCCUCCAGCUAAUUAUCAUGAACUACAAAGUGCUAUGAUCAUUCAGUUAACUUGUCAAAGCUUUGAAAUUUUAUUUUAAAAGUAUAAUUUCCCUUUGCUGAUGUAACCUGUGUCUACAUUUGCAGUGCCCGGAAGCCUUUAAGAAGUAUUAUCAAAGGAUCAUUGGUUCUAUUGUUUUGGAUUAGCAUCCAAUGUCUUGAUUAAAGGGUUGUUAAGUGCUUGUUUUGGUGGAGUUUUUAGUCUUUCAGGCAGUAGCCCAAGAGAAAUAUAGCCUACCUGCCUUUAUAAAAUGCUUAAAAUGAAAGAGCUGGAGUGUCUAUUUUAAGAGUUCAGCUUAAAUUGGAAAUUGCUGGAAUUCCCAUUGCAUGGUGUCAUUCAGCCAACCAGACUUGAGCACUGAGGGAUGUUGCUGCUCUUUGCUGUGCAGUAUUGAUAGUUGAAUGUCUUUCUGAUUGAAAGAUGGGGUCUAAUUGAAAAGCUGAGGCUCCUUGUCAAAGCUGUGGAAGGCAAGCUCCCCGGGGUGUUUAUGGUGUGCUGUGGAGGUAAUGUUCUGUACUGGAGGAAAGUAGAGCACACACUUUUGGAUGAAUUAUCAUAACAAAGAAGGAAAUAAAAGGCAGGUAUAGAGACACACUGUCAAAGGAGUACAUUCUCCCAAUACAUCUCUUAUCAAUGCAGAAACCUGCCAGCGCUGACGUUUUAAGACUCAUGGGAGAAUGCGAGUUGCGGUCAGACCUUGAGAUGGUCAUUAAAGAUAUAUAUAUAGCAACACUAGAGUCUAUACCUGCAGCAUAAAAACAUGUCACGAGGAGGAGUUCAGUUUUUGGGAGAAACGUAAUGCAGAAAAUAUCACUUUGAUGUUGAAUUCACUUUGGAAGUGGUGACUGUGAGGAGAUCUCAGUUGCAGGGAUUUUGUGUAUUCUAGAACAGGGGCUAAAGUCAUAUUACUGUCUCCCUACAUGCCCCCCCUCCCCCACUGUAUCUCAUUAAGGAUUGGAGCUAUGCUUCAGAAACAGAGACGCACACGUAUGCGCAUGUUCACGCACAUAAAUACGCAUACUUUAAAAUUGCAUGGAACGCGUAAGGAAUUCCUUACUUAACAUAACUGACAAGAUGUUUAGACGAGAUGCGCAGCGUGAGUCUGGGAGCUGUGCAGAGAGGGAAGGCACACCGCGCUGCGGGGAAGCGUGUCAUGCCGUCGCCCGACGCCAGCUCGCGUCAGCCGGUUCCUUCCUGGCGGCGUUCCAACGCCGUGGUGCUCCCUGGGACUGGGAAGCACCACGGUUACCGUGCGAUUCCUGCAUUUCUUUCGCAGCCGACGGGCUCGAAGUAGUCUCCUGGGUCAGAGCCUCAUAACGGCUGGGAUAUUUCACCCGUGUUGAUAUUUGUCUCGUCAGCCCUCAUUUUAGUCACUGUGGUACAUGGAGGUAAAAUCUGCCUUUUGGGACUGAAGUCAGAUUCACCCUUGUUGUCUCUGCCUUUUCUCAUUUUUUCACAUCAUUACUGUUCUUAUCAGGUUUUGAUUCUCUAGCAAGGAAAUACAAAUUCUUUCGGCUUGGAUUGAAACAAAAUAUUUCAGUUAAGCAUACUGUAAAGUGUAUGUUUACAAAACUGGUUGCAGUUAUUUAUGGUUUUUGUAAUUGUAUACUUUUUAUGUCUGUGUUUUUGUUUUGUUUUUGCCUUUUUUUCCCCCCUAAAUCCUCCUUGAAUAUACAUUUAAAUCUGAAAUUACCAUGGAUAAUUGGAUUGGCUCUGCCUAAUGAAUACAGGUGCAGAUUCAUUUUUUAUGACCAAAGCUACUUGCAUACAUUGUUUUUUAUGUUUGUAUUUAAGCUCUUUUUCUAUUCUGAAUGGUUCUUUACCAUCUUAUUUUUUACAGAACUUUGCUAUACUAAAGGCAUUGUAAUGCCAUGAUAAACAUGCUCAUGUUGUGAUGCCAAUAAUUUUGCAUAUUUAUGUUGAAAAUGUUUGACAUGUUUCAUACUAGAUAUCUGCAGCUAAGUGUUCACAAUUUGUGGUUUCUUGCUGUAAGAAUGCUGGCAUUUGCAGAAUGCCAAGCCCCACAUUGUCAUCUACUAUCAUCUCUCAGUAAAGUCCUAAGAUGCUUUGUAUUGUUAUGCAUGCUUUUUGGACUGUGUUUUGACAAAAUAUGUUAAAAUGGCAGUUUUUCAGAAAAGUUACAAUACCUGGUUUUAGAAGUUCUGUAAGAGAUGUCUCAUAUUUGAAACAUUAAGGUAUAUCACAGUGUCAUUUCAGUAGUACGUUAAUCAUGUCCUUACUAUUGAUUUUGAGACUUACCGUCAAAUUUUUUUUCUCAUCAUUUGUAAAUAUGUUGUAUAAAACUUAUAUUGUAACAAAUUUUCAAAUGUCAUGUUUCUGAAAUACUAAUCUGAUGAAAAAAGAGCCAUAAAAUAGGUCCCCUGGUUUGUUCCUGUUCCGUUUAUUCACCUUAAUCUGAACAAUGUAAAUUGGAUUUGAUUCUGCCAUAUUUAGGGGAAAAGCCCAUUCUCCUUGUACUUUAAGUCUCAUGACCACAUGAGUAUUUUAUACAUUACAUUAUACAUGUACAUAUUAUACAUAUAAAAACGGUCUUACCGUACACCCCCCCCCCCCCCCCUAUUUU